AUGUUCUCACGAUGGCUGUUGCGGUGUCUCAACUACAGCACCAACAUUUCAUCGUUAUGCGCUGAUGUUAGCAUCGUCAAUGAACGGGGUCAUCGGCCCAUAAUGUAUGCGAAGGAUCGAGCGAUUAAGGAUUUGUUGGCGAAGACUGAGACCGAAUUAGAGGCGAAGAAAACAGAGAUGGAACGUGAAGAGAGACGUCUACAACCUUUAGAGUCUCGUCUACGCAAAGCCCUUGUUGGUCAAGAGGCUGCGAUUCGAACAGCGCGAUGUUGUACGAUUUUAGCGUCGAUUCAAGUGCAGCGAGGAAGUCGAUAG